GUUAAAGAAGGACAUUGACCAUUCAAUAAAAUGCCUUAAAUAGUUCAUCUGACAGAGAUGUUCUAUUUCGUCUUAAUGGAGCUUGUAGAUCCCAUCGAAAUUCUAUAACAAUAAUGGACUAUCUGGAAUUGUAAUUAAGAAUCAAGAAUUUUAUGACGACCAUGCAUAGAUGAUCUUUUCCGCACAGUCUUCAAUAGAUCGUGAAUGUUGUUAAUCAAAUUGUCUGAAGCUUUGAUUUUCGAACGAUGUGUUGAAGUGCCAACAAUAAAAUGAUUCUCAUCGGACGGUACAAGAACUUGGUGCCUGUUUUUAUAUUUUUCAGUUACAUCUCAAAAAUUACAGCUCAAUUAGAUCCAACAUACGAAGAAGAAAAUGUGGGUCCAUGUGCCAAUUUCAGGGUUGGAGAUGAUGAUCUGCAGGCAUAUGAUUUUAUAACUAAAUAUAAACUAGAUUUUCUGGAAUCUAAGUUUCCUGGCGUCAGUAAAGUGAGGGGUUCAAAUAGACUUCAAACGGCCUUUAGGCUAGAGAAAGAAGCGGAUCUCACUCUUCCAACAAGGGACAUAUUCCCUCAAGGUCUUCCUGAAGAGUUUUCCUUCUUAUGCACAUACCGAACCAGAAGAUGGCCGAAAAUACCGUAUCAUUUAGUUCGAGUUACAGAUUUAGAAUUCAAGCCUCAAUUUCUGAUAACCCUGAAUCCUACGAAUCAAACUGUUGAAUUUUCUAUCCCCAACUAUGAGGGAAGACUACAAACUUUGGUGUUUCCAUAUCCACAGGUUUUCGACAAAAACUGGCACAAACUUCAUUUUGGAGUUUUCAGAGAUCAAGUCUCGUUGUACAUAGACUGUAUUAAAGUUGGACAACAAUACAUUGAACCAAAGGGUCCAAUAGAUAUAAAUGGUGAAAUAUCUGUUUCUAAAGUUCAAAAUACCCGACAAACAGUUCCUGUGGAAAUCCAAUGGAUGGUUAUGAGUUGUGACCCAACGGCCCCAGAAAGAGAAAAAUGCAGUGAAAUACCAAGUAUUCCCUUGAAUAUUAUCACCACUAUAAGGCCAAUAAUCGAUAAUAGACAACCAUGUACAACAGUUUGUCCUAGAGGUCCACCAGGACUAAAUGGGACUCAAGGUCCACCAGGUCUUCCAGGACCAGAAGGACCACGUGGUAUUCAAGGAUUUCCUGGACUUCCAGGAUCUAAGGGUGAACGAGGAGACACUGGCAUACCUGGUUUGGCAGGUUCUCCUGGACCUAUUGGUAUACCUGGACCAAGAGGUCUUACUGGAUCUAUUGGUCAGCAAGGAUUGGAAGGAAAAGAAGGCGAAAAGGGAGAUCGAGGUGAAAAGGGCGACCAAGGUGAAAGAGGUCGAGAUGGUUUUCCUGGUUCACCAGGCGUGGAGGGACCACCUGGUCCAAGAGGACCACCUGGGUAUUCUGGAAAUGAUAGUGGACUUGCGAUUCCAGGAUCUCCAGGACCUAGAGGGCUCCCAGGAAUUCAGGGACCUCCAGGCUUGAUCGGACCUGUCGGUCCAAGGGGACCUGAAGGUGCACAAGGUUUGCCAGGGCUUGAUGGUAGAGAUGGACCAAGAGGUCUAAAAGGAGAACGAGGUGACCAAGGAGAAAGGGGAUUUACAGGAUUACCGGGACCACCUGGCCAACCUGGAUUGAACGUUGGGGGAGGCAGUUCAACUCCUAUUCCAGGACCACCAGGUCCUAGAGGAGAGGCAGGAUUUCCUGGUCCUAAGGGAGCAAAAGGUGAUUCUGGUGAUUUGGGAGAAAAAGGAGAAAGAGGCCAGAAAGGUGAAAGAGGUCAGGAAGGAAAUCCAGGAUUAGAUGGACUUCCAGGGCAGCCAGGUAGAAAUGGACUACCCGGUACCGACGGUUCCAAAGGAGAACCUGGAUUUAUUGGACCACCUGGUCAACAAGGUCCAAUUGGGAUAACUGGGCCAAUGGGUCCAGUUGGUUCUCCAGGACUUCCAGGACCUCCAGGUACUAAGGGAGACACAGGUCCAGCUGGUCCACCGGGACUACCGGGAAUUGCUACCGGUCCUGGAGGAACAGGACCAAUCGGACCACCUGGAGAAAAAGGUUCUAAGGGAGAUGAUGGAGAAAGAGGAGAAGUAGGUUUUCCUGGAUCACCUGGUUUACCAGGUCCACCUGGGCCCCAAGGAAUACAAGGUUUAGAAGGAAUUGAAGGAAAACAAGGUCCACCAGGCCUCCAAGGUCCAUCUGGAGAUCAAGGUCCUCCAGGGCGAGAAGGGGCACGUGGAAACCCUGGAAAAGAUGGUGUCGCUGGUAUACCUGGUUCAGAUGGUCACAAAGGAGAAAGAGGACAAGACGGCCUACCAGGACUAAUGGGACCAAGAGGUUAUACUGGUGCACCGGGAAAUGCUGGACCUCAAGGUCCUCCAGGAUCACCUGGAAUCCCUGGUCUGGAUGGAAGACCUGGUCAACCUGGAGGGCAAGGUCCUCCUGGCUCUUGUUCAUGCGAUUUUCCUGUCGGUAAUUUAAUAUCUGAGGGAAAGAGCACACCCGGAACCAAUGGACCAAGAGGUUUAUCAGGACCACCUGGUAUCCCUGGAGAAAGAGGAGCAGCAGGUGAGAGAGGGCCUGAAGGACCAGCUGGAUAUCCCGGUAUGCCAGGAAAGGAAGGACCAUCUGGAUUACCUGGUCCUCCAGGACAAAGGGGACAACCUGGAAUACCAGGGGUUGACGGUGCACCGGGUAAAAGCUUCACUGAAUCUGAAGUCAGGGACAUUUGUGCUGCUGUUUUGAGAGAUCAACUGACUACACUGUCAGCUACGUUGAUCGGGCCUCCUGGACCUCCAGGUAGAUCUAAGCCCGGUCGACCUGGACCUGUUGGACCACAAGGACCUCCAGAUCGAAUGGAUGAAAUAAUUUUGGGCUUGCGGGGACCUCCUGGACCGCAAGGCUUAACACGUACUGGUCCCCCAGGAAAACCAGGACCGAGGGGUAUUCCAGGUGAUGCGGGAAUACCAGGAUUACCUGGUGAUAGAGGAUUCAUGGGUUUACCAGGUCCGCAAGGACCUCAAGGAUCCAUGGGAGUAAAGGGUGAUCAAGGAGAAAAAGGUGAACGAGGACCUGAGGGUGUUGGAAUAGAAGGACCACCUGGUCCCAGAGGAACUCCAGGCAUACAAGGACCACCUGGCGAAGGUCUGCCGGGAAAAAUAGGGGAUAGAGGAGAACCAGGCAUGGCAGGUCCCCCAGGUUUGAGGGGAGCACCAGGGGCGCAGGGAGCUCCAGGGUACUGUGAAUACUGUAACAAUGUUGCACAAAAUUAUCAAUCUGGUUAUUAUGCUCGGCCUGGAGGAACAAAUAAAGGACCUUGAAAAUAAGAAUGGAGAAUUUCUGAGUAACUAAAUUAAAUUUAAUUCAACGAUUCGAAAAUUUAUUCGAGAAAAUCAAAAUAAGGAGAGAAUGAGUAAUUUCAAAUAAAUUGUAUUGCUAUAUA